GAAAGAGAGAAAAAUAUGGAUAAAACUCUCAAAUAUAUGUAUACCUUAAUUUCAUUUAUUUCCCUGUUUUUUAUUGCAAAGAACGAUGCCGCAAAUGUUGAGUGUGAAAGUGAUAAAGACUGUCAAGAACAUUGGUCCGAAUUUUUUAUUAUUCAAUGCAUUGACAACAUAUGUGUACCUUCUGAAAGGCCUCUUUGAUUCCAUGGGUUGUUGUGCUAGCAAAAUAAGUGUGCAAUAUACCUUAUGAUAGAAUAUUGCAUGAGUUGUCAUUUAGUUAUUGCGCUAGCACCUAAUAAAUUUAUAUGUAACAUCUCAAUUUGAAUUAUAAGAAUUCAAAACAUUUUCAUCUCAAAUGGGAUUUUACUUUAA